UUCCUUUCAGUAAAAAAAAGAAAAAGAAAAAGAAAAGGUUUUAAUAUAUAACACAAAAACUCUUUUGAAAAAGAAAAAAAAAACACCUUUCUGGGAUCUUGAUCCGGCGUAGUAUAUCUUUGGCAAUGGAGUCAACGUGGCCCAAAAAUUCUUUAGAUCUCAAUCUUAAUUCAUUUCAACAUGUGAUCGAAGUUCCUGAGAAAGAGUUGGAAAGAGAUCACUCCAUUAAUUUCGAGGGGAAAUUCUCUGUGAGAGAAGUGCAGGGUACAGGUGAUGGUGAUGUUGAUAAGAAUGUACUAUUGACUGAAGAGCUACAUAGGAUGAGCUCCGAGAACAAGAAGCUCACAGAAAUGUUAAGUAUUGUGUGGAAGAAUUAUAAUAACCUGCAAACCAAAGUGAGAGAGUUGAUGAUGACCAAGAACGCAGGAGUCUCUCAUGCUCAUGGUCAGAAUGAACUAGCCUCCUUAACACCACGCAAGAGGAAGGCUGGAGAAGAAUACAGCAAUGUCGUUAAUGGAUUGAUGAGUAAUAUGGAGUGCUGUUCCAGCGAUGAAGAGUACUCGUACUGUAGAUUGCCAAAGGAAAUUAAGUCUAAGGUUUCAACCAUUUAUGUACAAACCGAUUCUUCUGAUAAGACCCUUCUUGUGAAGGAUGGAUAUCAAUGGAGGAAAUAUGGUCAAAAAGUAACAAGAGAUAACCCUUCUCCUAGAGCUUAUUUUAAAUGCUCUUUUGCACCAAAUUGCCCGGUUAAAAAGAAGGUGCAAAGAAGUGCUGAAGAUCCAUCUCUCUUGGUGGUUACAUACGAAGGAGAGCACUGCCAUAGCCACAUAAGCUCAAGCCAACCAUCAGCCUUAAUGCUCCCUGCUAUUUCAGCGUCCAUGAGAUCCUUACCUUCAACUGUAACCCUUGAUCUGGUUCGACCGGCGGCGGCGGCGGCGGCCGGUUCGACGGAUAGCCCGAGAAUGGCACCGCUUCAGGGAAUUGAUUCGCCAGUUUUGCAUCAAUUUUUGGUCCAACAAAUGGCUUCUUCAUUGACAAGGGAUCCAAAUUUUACAGCGGCAUUAGCUACUGCUAUUUCAGGAAAUCUUUUGGACAAUACUAGGGUGGAAAAGGGCUAAAACUUGAUUAUAUAUUGUUUUGCAUCUUAUCUAGUUUCUAUAUAUCUAAGUUUUGCUAUUAAUAGGGAACAAAAUUAAUUAAUAUGAAAGUUGUUACGUACCAACAAUCGAUCAAGAGAGGUUUUAUCAUGUGUUUUGGCUUUGUGUUAAUGGGGAAUUAUUGAAGGCGAGGUUAGCUUAGCUAUGAAAAAUAUAGAUAGAUAUUAUAGGGAUGUAUAUCAGAGUAAAUAAUAUUUUUGGAUUUAUUAAAAAAAAUAUUUGUACUCCUUUGAGCAAGUGCUAUUGUAUUUGGAUGUGUAUGCGACAGGGGCAUGUUAUUUUCUAAAAAGUAAAAAAAAAAAGAAAUCCUAUAUAUAAUAUAGGAAAUUUCUACCA